GGGCUGGGAUCUGGUGCGGGAGGCUGCAGGUGGAGCCGAGCCACUGGAGAAAGAGGACAAGUGGACGGCGGAGAUUAUGUGGAAGGGAUCGAAGGUCAAGGUCGGGGCCUUGAGUUCUCUAAGGCGUGCCGUCGUCAAGAGGAACUUUACCAGAGAGGUUGAGGCUUCUUCCGAAAACGGCGUCAUUCAGUGGGACGAGGAGUUUCACAGCGUUUGCUCUUUCUCGGCUUACAAGGACAAUGUGUUUCACCCUUGGGAGAUCGUCUUCACUGUCUUCAAUGAAUUGAUAAUGAAAUUUGGUAUAAAGUUUUGAUGGGAUAUGGAGGAAUUUUGCUGUUUCUGUUCCUUUUUGGUUAAAUUUCAUAUCCUUAUGUGUGUUGUUUAAAAAAAUAAUAAUUAUAUGUUAUUUAGAGAAUUUAUUCUGAAAAUAGCUUGAAAGUAGAGACCUAAUUUUUGAACUUAAAAUUAGAUACUUAUUGUAUGUGCCUGCAACUCCUAAUUUCCCUUUCAAAGCUGUUGUUGUCAUUUGACUUCGUCUCCAGAGGAUUUCUUUUAAAUUUCUUUAAAAUAAAAUCUUCUCCCUGUAUAAUCAAGGGUUGGGUUGGAUUUAGUGGAGUAUUAUUUUUUUUUUAUGCGUUUAACAGGGUCAAAUUUUGGCUGUUGGACUUUUUUGGAGGGUCAUUGACUGGGGGCCUUUUCACACUGAGACUUAGAGACAGAGUUAACAAUAGAUUGGAGCGGUGUUGUUGAAAAUCAUAUAUUGAUCGUCAAGGGGGUUUUUCAGCCCAUAAGCUUUACAAUCUAUGAAUAGUUGCUUUAAUUACCCAUUCCUCAAGGGUUUGAAUCAAGGGCCCAAAAACAAGGCUCCUGUUGUUGGAUCAGCAUCAGUGAACCUUGCUGAAUUUGUUUUGGAAGCUGAACAGAAGGAGCUUCAGUUAAACAUCCCCCUCACAUCAUCUGGUGCUGCUGCUGAGCCAUGCCCCUCACUUUGUAUAUCACUCAGCUUAUUGGAACUGAGAACUGCUCAAGAAAUCACAGAGCCUGUGCAAAGAUCACUUGUGCCUGUUCCAUCACCGCCUCAGUCAGCAGAGACUAUCUCGACAGAAAAAGAUGAGCUUUCUGCUCUUAAAGCUGGGCUUAGAAAAGUAAAGAUUUUUACCGAGUAUGUGUCUGCUAGAAAAGCAAAAAAGCCCUGUCGUGAGGAGGAUGGCAGUGAGGGUAGGUGCUCUGCCAGGAGUGAGGAUGGUGAGUAUAACUAUCCUUUUGACUCUGAUUCACUUGAUGAUUUUGAGGAAGGUGAAUCAGAAGAGGUCAAAGAGGAUUCCACUGUUAGGAAGUCAUUCAGUUAUGGCACACUGGCUCAUGCAAAUUAUGCUGGAGGAUCAAUUUACUCCAAUAUGAGAAUCAAUGGUGAAGGUGAGGAUUGGGUUUACUACAGCAAUCGUAAAUCAGAUGUGGGGUGCUCGCAGGCUGAGGAUUCAACUGCAUCAGUCUCUGAGCCGUCUGCAAGUUCAAAGCGAGGCUUACUAUCAUGGAGGAAGAGAAAGCUGAGCUUCAUUCGCUCUCCUAAAGCCAAAGGAGAACCGUUGUUAAAGAAGGCCUAUGGUGAAGAAGGUGGUGAUGACAUUGAUUUUGAUCGUCGGCAGCUUAGCUCCGAUGAAUCCCUAUCUCUCGGGUGGAACAAGACGGAGGAGGAUUCAUCUGCUAAUCGGUCGUCAGUGUCUGAAUUUGGAGAUGAUAAUUUUGCCAUAGGUAGUUGGGAGAACAAGGAAGUGACAAACCGUGAUGGACACAUGAAGCUUCAAACUGAGAUCUUUUUUGCUUCUAUCGAUCAGCGGAGUGAGCGAGCAGCAGGCGAGAGUGCAUGCACAGCUCUUGUGGCAGUAAUUGCCGAUUGGUUUCAGAAUAACCGAGAGCUCAUGCCCAUAAAGUCCCAGUUUGAUAGUCUGAUUCGAGAAGGCUCAUUAGAAUGGAGGAAUCUUUGUGAAAAUGAGACCUAUAGGGAGCGAUUUCCUGACAAGCACUUUGAUCUUGAAACAGUCCUUCAAGCCAAAAUACGUCCUCUUUCUGUAGUUUCGGGGAAAUCCUUUAUUGGGUUUUUCCAUCCCGAGGUAGUGGAAGAGGGACGAUUUGACUUUUUACAUGGUGCAAUGUCCUUUGAUAACAUUUGGGAUGAGAUUAGCCGUGCUGGAUCAGAAUGUGCUAGCAAUGGUGAACCUCAAGUUUAUAUUGUCAGCUGGAAUGACCAUUUCUUCAUCCUCAAGGUGGAAGCAGAAGCUUAUUACAUCAUUGAUACACUAGGGGAGAGGCUAUAUGAGGGAUGCAACCAGGCAUAUAUCUUAAAGUUUGACCGCAGCACGAUAAUUUACAAAAUGCAAAAUAUUGCAGAAUCAUCUGAUGACAAAACAUCCAGUGAUCAGCCAAUUGUGGCAGGAGCAGGUGAAUCCAAGAACCAGCAGGCCCAGCAAGCUGAGCAAGUCAAUGAAAAGGAGGAAGGAUCUACAGUAGAGGCAGAGAUAACCAAGCUGGAGGAGCAGAAGGAGGAAGAGGAGGUUGUGUGUCGAGGGAAGGAGUCAUGCAAAGAAUAUAUAAAGAGCUUUUUGGCUGCAAUUCCAAUAAGGGAAUUGCAGGCAGAUAUCAAGAAAGGGCUAAUGGCAUCCACACCUCUUCAUCACCGGUUACAGAUUGAAUUCCACUACACCCAGUUCUUAAAACUGUUGCCUACUACUCCGGUCGCAGAAGUGACGGCAAAUGCUUCACAAAGUCCCGAACUUUCCACAACAGAGGUUGCUGCAUAAGAGAACGUAAAUUGUAGGAAGUGUGAUUACUCUAACUGUUUUGUUUUUUCCUUUGUUUUUUCCUGAGUGUUAUUAAUGGGAGCAGGGAUUUAACCAAUAGGAAAGUUGUCUUAAGCUUUUUGAGUGGCAUGGGAGAGGUAAAGCUUGUAUCCCUUUCUAAUUUAGGCUGGAAAUGAAAGUGUAUGAAUUAGGCUGGAAAUGAAAGUGUGUUUCCACGGUUGGAGCUUUGUGUUUGUUAACCUAAUUUUGUGGCAUAGUCCUUAACUAUGACCGUUAAUUACAUGACCCUGUACUUUCUCUUUCAUC